AUGACACGCCACGAUGAUUCAGGCGGUGUCAGUGCUUUGGUUCGACAUACAGCUGGAAUGGCUGAAUUAGCAAUCAAUGCAGGCCAUCCUGAUCGAAAACAUAACGAAUAUUUACCAUAUCCGGAUAAUAAUUUUAAUGAUCCUAUUGACGAACGCUUUCAAAGAGCUGAUAAAUUUACUGUGGCACAUAUUUUUGAUCGUAGUGGUCGAACAUUUGUUCCAAAUGUACCUGUUCAUGUUACAUCAAUUGUUGCUGAACGUAUCUAUGCAGGUUUUGCUGAAUUUCUUAAUCCAUAUUUAUAUUGUAUAACGACAAUCCAUGGUCCAUUUCAAUGGACUAUUUAUAAACGUUAUCGACAUUUUAAUGAAUUACAUAAAUCUUUAGUACAAUUUGUUGAAGCUGAAUUAAAACAAUCAAUUAGUGAUAUAGAUAAAGUACAAGACGAAGAAAAUGAAAUUCCAUGUUUUCCAACAAGAAGUGAUCGAAUGGCAUUCAUUAAUGAUGCUAUUGUUAAAGAACGUUGUCAAAUUCUUCUUGAAUAUCUCAAUAGAGUUCUUAAACACCCAAAAUUUCGUAAUCAUCCAGCUACGCGUGAAUUUUUUGAUGUUAGUUGUGUUUCUUUUGUGUAUGGUAUAUCAAGCAGUAUUAAAGAAGGUCAUUUAUUAAAACGAUCACAUGAUGAUUAUCGUGGUCAUAAUAUAUUUUUUCGUUUACCAUUCUUUUGUGAUUUUUGUAAAUUUCAUCAUGGUCGAAAAUGGUUUAUUAUUAAAGAUUCUUAUAUAACUUAUAUGCGUCCAGAUACGUAUGAAAUACGUUUUCCAAUGUUAGUUGAUCGUGCGUUUGAUAUUGAAACUGGUUUUCGUAAUGUACGUACACAACAUGGUAUUAAAAUAACAAAUUUACAACGUUCAUUAGUUCUUAAAUGUCGAAAUAAACGUGAUUGUGAUGAAUGGACACAACAUUUAAUGAAUUUAAAAGAACAAUCAAAAAGUUUUCUUAGUUCACAUGCAAGCCGGUUUAAUUCAUUUGCACCAGUUCGUCAGAAACAAUUAGCACAUUGGUUUAUCAAUGGUAAAUCUUAUAUGGAAUCAGUAGCGAAAGCAUUAUUAACAGCUAAAGAAGAAGUUUUUAUAACUGAUUGGUGGCUAUCACCAGAAAUUAUGAUGAUUCGACCAACUGAUGAUGAUUCAUUUCGACUCGAUAAUUUAUUAGGAAAAAUAGCGGACGAUGGUAUUCGUGUAUAUGUUUUAGUUUUUAAAGAAGUAUCAUUUGCGAUGGGUUUAAAUAGUUUACAUACGAAACGUGCAUUGAUUGGUAAAAGUAAAAAAGGAUUUAUUAAAGUUAUUCGUCAUCCUGAUCAUUAUCCAAGUGGAGGAGUUUUUCUAUGGUCUCAUCAUGAAAAAUUAGUUAUUAUCGAUCAGAAAAUUGCAUUUGUUGGUGGAAUUGAUUUAUGUUUUGGACGAUGGGAUGAUGAAUUUAUGCGUCUUGUUGAUUUGGGUGAAGAAAAUGUUACCAAACUAAAAAUGCCAGAAGAAAUUGAAGCUGAUAAGCGAGCAGCUGGUGGUAAAGAAACUGUUGAAGCAUCAAAAAUGGCUACGACAGAAAUGGCUGAAAAUGCUGGUGAACAUCCAGCUAAGGGAACUGAUCAAAUGAGAACAACUGUUAGUCCUCCAAAUAAAGGUAGCGAAGAUGUUAAAUCAGGAGAUCAAACUCAUGCUAGUGGAACUGGUCAUCAUUUGAAAACGGGUGCUAAAAAAUGGAUUGAAGCAAAACUUUCAGGACAUGAUGGCGAUGGAGGUGAUAGUGAUUCUGAAAAGGGUAAUCAUCGUGUAUCACGUAAGCCAUUGAUGCGUACAUUUACUAAUGCUGAAACUAAACUAACUAAUAAACAACCUGAACAAGAUGAAGAAUCACAAAGAAUGUCAAAUUGGCGUCAUUCAAAAAUUAAUUUAAAUCGUUUACGAUCACUAGAUACAUCUGAUAUUGGUCAGGGUGAUCACGCUGCUUAUACUAACGCUGCUACUUCCUCUCAUCGAUUUCGCUCGCACAACGCUUUUAAUAAAUUUGUAAAUCAAACAAUAGAUUUUGCACGACACGAACACCAUGGAACUGAAUCGAGAAUUAUAGAAGGUGAUGAAGAAGCUGUUCGACCACAAAAAUAUGCUGGCAGAUGGAGAAAAUUAGCGAAAAUAAUGAGAAAAAGUAGUAGUGAAGAUCAUGAAGAUUCUGAAGAUGAAGAAAAACCUGAAGAACCACAAUCAAUCAUUGGACCAUCACCAGUUAUUGAUACGAAACAUCGAUAUUUUGUUGGAAAAGAUUAUUCAAAUCCAUAUGAAAAAGAUUUUGAACUACUUGAAAAGUUUGCUGACGAUUGUAUUGAUCGAAAAUUAGUACCACGUAUGCCAUGGCAUGACGAAGCACUUGUUGUUUUCGGAGAAGCUGCUCGUGACGUCGCAAGACAUUUUAUUCAACGAUGGAAUAUACAUAAAUGUGAAAAAUUUCUUUAUAAUGAUUCUUAUCCAUUUCUAUUACCGAAAACUUAUGACGACCGUGAAGAAUUACGAGUUACUAAUUGGAAAGAAUUUCUUGAUAGUCCACCAUAUAGAGUGGAUGCUCAAUGUGUUCGUUCUGUAGGACCGUGGUCAAUAGGAACCAAAACAAUUGAAUCAUCAAUUCAAAAUGCUUAUAUACAAAUGAUUGAUGCUGCAAAAUAUUAUAUUUAUAUUGAAAAUCAAUUUUUUAUUACAAUGGCUGAAGAUGCAGUAGUUAAAAAUCAAUUAGCUGAAGCUCUUUAUCGUAGAAUAAUACGAGCACAUGCAUCACGUGAAAAAUUUCGAAUUUAUAUUGUUCUUCCCCUUUUACCUGGCUUUGAUAAUGUUAAUGCAGUGCAAGCCGUACUUUAUUUUAUUAUGCGUUCGAUUACAAAAGGAGAAGGAUCUCUAUACAAACGACUCGAAAAAGAAGGUGUUCCGGCAGAUGAUUAUAUUAGUUUUUAUGGAAUGCGUGCUCAUGAUGUUCUUAUGGGCACUUUAGUAACUGAAAUAAUAUAUGUUCAUUCCAAAUUAAUGAUUAUUGACGAUCGUAUGGCAAUUUGUGGUAGUGCUAAUAUAAAUGAUCGUUCAUUACGCGGUCAUCGUGAUAGUGAAGUUGGUAUGAUUAUAAAUGAUCGUGAUGAAGAAGAUGGUGUAUUUAAUGGACAAAGAGUUCGUGUAGGAAAAUUUUGUGCAAGUUGGAGAAAACGACUCUUUUCAAUGCUAUUAGGCAUUCAAUUUGAAAAUCCUCAAAAUAUUGAUUUAAGUGAUCCAGUAUCCGAUGAAUUUUAUAAUUAUUUUCGAGAUCUUGCUAAAAAAAAUACACUUAUAUAUGAAGAAAUAUUUGCAACAUUACCAAGUGAUCGUGUUAGAAAAUUUGAUCAAGUUGGUCAAUAUACAGAAGCACCAAAAUUAAAAGAUACUGAUCCAAUACAAGCACAAGAAAAAUUAAAACAUGUUCAAGGUUUUGUUGUUGAAUAUCCACUUUAUUUUCUUGAUGAUGAAAAUUAUUUACCAAGUCUACGAACUCGUGAAGGUCUUGUUCCAAAUGUAAUGUGGACAUAA